GGAGCAUGUGCGACGGCGUGUUCUACACGUACUGCGCCAGGGCGCCGCCGCAGUUCCUGUACGACGCGCUGUCCCGGACGUGCAUCGAGUCGGGAACGGACGAGGUGCAGCUGUGCAACCACAGCCCCAACCGCUUCGCCUCCAAGGCCGAAUGCGCCAGGAGCUGCGUGCACGGUUUUGCGCCGGCCGACAAGUGCUUCGAUACGCCCAUCUUCGCAAAGUGCGGAAGGCAGGACGUGAAGAUAAAGCAGUGGUACUUCACGGGUCGCACCUGCGCUAGCUGGCCCUUCUGGCAGGGCCGGUGCCCCGCGAACGAGAGCCGCAUGUUCGCCACGUUCGCCGACUGCCUCCAGCGCUGCGUGACCGGUGCGGCGGGCAAGGGGUCCUGCGAGCCCCUAGACACCGGCGACGUGAGGGCGUGCACUUCGCAAGAGCUCAGCUACCCGUACUUUGCCGACAGCGUCGGGGACCACGUACGCUGCCUGGCGGCAUCGGUUGCCGGACUGGCGAGGCACCGCUGCCUCGCCGGCACGAACAAGUUUGCCACAAAGGCCGCCUGCCAGAGGGCGUGCGUGCAAAGCUCCGAGGACGAAGGUGCCCUAGAUUUGGGCUGGUAUUAA